CUCCUCUCUCUUUAUCCUCUCAAAGACCCUCUCUUAUAUUCUAAAGCCCCUUCCUCCUUUUUUUUCUUCUUAUCAACCGAAACAAAGAUAAAACAAAACUUUGAGUUUUAAAACAAAACUUUGAGUUUUCUUAUAAGCUUAAAGAAAGAGAAAGAAAGAUGAUGUGUUCGUUGUUUAGCCAAUGAUUACGAUUUAGCUGACCACUUCGAGAGAUUUAAAAACAAAAAAACGAGAGAGAGAGCAGAGAGUACAUUUUAGAAAGAAAAGAAGAAUGAAGUCCUUUUGUGACAAUGAUGAUAAUAAUCAUGGCAACACGACCAAUUUGCUAGGGUUUUCGUUGUCUUCAAAUAUGUUGAAAAUGGGAGGAGAAGGAGGAGAAGAAGCUCUAUACUCAUCUUCUUCUUCAGCUGCUACUUCUUCUUCUGUCCCACCGCAACUUGUUGUUGGUGAUAACAGUAGCAACUAUGGAGUUUGCUUUGGAUCUAACUCAGCGGCUGGGGGAAUGUAUUCUCAAAUGUCUGUGAUGCCACUCAGAUCUGACGGCUCUCUUUGCUUAAUGGAAGCUCUCAAUAGAUCUUCUCACUCAAACCAGCAUCACCAUACUCAAGUUUCAUCUCCAAAGAUGGAGGAUUUCUUUGGGACCCAUCAGAACAAUACAAGUAACAAAGAAGCCAUGGAUCUUAGCUUAGAUAGUUUAUUCUACAACACCACUCAUGAGCCAAACAACAACACAAACUUUCAAGAGUUCUUUAGCUUCCCACAAGCCAGAAACCACCAUGAGGAAGAAACAAGAAGUUACCAGAAUGACCCUGGUUUGACACAUGGAGGAGGUUCUUUUAAUGUAGGGGUAUAUGGGGAAUUUCAACAGUCACUGAGUUUGUCCAUGAGCCCUGGGUCACAAUCUAGCUGCAUCACUGGCACUCACCACCACCAAAACCAAAACCACCAAGCUCAAAACCACCAUCAGAUCUCUGAAGCUUUGGGGGUGGAGACAAGUGUUGGAUUUGAGACAACAACAAUGGCGGCUGCUGCAAAGAAGAAGAGAGGACAAGAGGAAGUAAUGGUUGUUGGACAGAAACAGAUUGUUCAUAGAAAAUCUAUUGAUACCUUUGGACAACGAACUUCUCAAUACCGAGGCGUUACAAGACACAGAUGGACUGGUAGAUAUGAAGCUCAUCUAUGGGACAAUAGUUUCAAGAAGGAAGGUCAUAGCAGAAAAGGAAGACAAGUUUAUCUGGGAGGUUAUGAUAUGGAGGAGAAAGCUGCUCGAGCAUAUGAUCUAGCUGCACUCAAGUACUGGGGUCCCUCUACUCACACCAAUUUCUCUGUGGAGAAUUAUCAGAAAGAGAUUGAGGACAUGAAGAACAUGACUAGACAAGAAUAUGUUGCUCACUUGAGAAGAAAAAGCAGUGGUUUCUCUAGGGGUGCUUCCAUCUAUAGAGGAGUCACAAGACACCACCAGCAUGGAAGGUGGCAAGCUCGGAUCGGUAGAGUCGCCGGAAACAAAGAUCUCUACCUCGGAACUUUUGGAACUCAAGAAGAAGCUGCGGAAGCCUAUGAUGUAGCAGCCAUCAAGUUCCGUGGCACAAACGCUGUGACUAACUUUGAUAUAUCAAGGUACGACGUUGAUCGCAUAAUGGCUAGUAACACACUCUUGUCUGGAGAGUUAGCUAGAAGGAACAUCAACAGCAUCGUGGUUCGCAACAACAACAACGAAGAAACCGCUGUUAACGCUGCCGUGGAUGGUGGUUCGAACAAAGAAGUGAAUAGUCCGGAGAGAGUUUUGAGUUUUCCGGCGAUUUUCGCGUUGCCGCAAGUUGGUCAGAAGAUGUUUGGAGCAAAUAUGGUCGGAAACAUGAAUUCCUGGACUACGAACCCUAAUGCUGAGCUCAAGGCCGUCUCACAUACUUUGCCUCAGAUGCCUGUUUUCGCUGCGUGGGCUGAUUCUUGAUCCAAUCUACUGCCUAACUAUGGUUUUCUUGGUCUAGUUGCCAAGUGUUUCAGUUUAUCUCCGGUUUUACCCGGUUUGAAUUAAACUCGGUUUAGUUUAUCGGUAUAAAUAGUCUUUCCUUAGGAGCGGUAUAUGUUUCUUUUGAGUAGUAUUCAUGUGAAACAGAAUGAAUCUCUCUAUAACAUAUGAUUUCAAUGCAUUUAUUUCUUCAA